GCUCUCCAUCUCAACCAGCACCUCGAGCCCUCAUUUCGCACUGGCAUGCGAAUUCUCAAUCUACUUGACUACUCAUAACCUUGGCGACUAGGUGGAUUCACCUUCAAGGUCCACAUCUCGGCAUUGGGCGUGUAACGCAAUAGCCAUCUACCGUGAUGUCCUUCAAUGCGGGCCCGUCCCGCCUUCCGAUACCACGCAACCUCACAGGCAGCAGACCUGGACUCAUCGAUCCUACACAGCCAGCGCGCAUCCUGCGCGAGAAGGGCUCAACGCUCUUGUUCGCGUCCUUCGAUCCCCUCGCAGCCACUGGUGUACCCCGCUCGCGCAAACCACGCGCUCCCGAUUUUGAGACGCCUCCGAAGCGUAUCGUGAUUGAAACGCCACCGUUGGGAUCCGCCAGGGGUUCAAGAUGGCGAUUCGUGCCCCGCGCGCGUCGCGCUCAUGGGGUGGAGAACGAGGGAGUGUGGCCGAGGAAGGUUAUCCUAUGCGACGAACCUGUGGUUCUCUCAGAGGACCAAUGGGACAUAUACAAGCUUGAUCCCGCCUACGACUGCUACAUCCCCGCACCUCCUGCGCUCACGAUGAUCCGCCGCAAGGACCCUCACGAGGCUCAUGUGCACACGCACUCUCAUGCGGGCGUUCCGUCUGGCAAUUCUAGGAAGCGCCGUCGAUCGACCCCAGGUGAUGUCGACGAACAACCACCCGGGCUCUCUAAGCGCUUCCGCGCUGUCGUCUCCCUGGUCACUGAUGAAGAAGGGACUGAGAUUGAGGAUAUCUCACAGUCUGAUGAGGAAGAAGACGAGGUCGAGGAUAUCGUUGUCGAAGAGUUUCCGUAUAAAGUUCCAAAGAGGGCAGACCGACGGCAGCAGCGUCGCAAGGAGCGCGAAGAGAAGACGAGGGAACGACGCGAGAAGCUGAAGGCGAAGAUGAACUCGUCUUCACAACACAAUCGCCCGACCACACCCGAGAUUGUCGACCUCACUAUGGAAGACAACACUCCUCCCGACCUGUCGCCGCCACCCAACGGUACCGGCCCAUAUGCUACGAAGCGUAAAGUUUUCUCGGGUCCCGACUCACCAGAACAAACCUCCCCCAACCACGAAACGCAGUACAAGUCGAACAAACGCGCACGAACGCAGUCUCCUGAAAAUUCACACAACGUGCCCAACAGAAAGCCAUCCGAACGAGAACGGAGGAGGAGGGCACAGAAUCAACAGACCUCACAAGAGUACCGGAAUGGUCACAGAGAACCCAUCUGGGCCGGCAUCUUCGCUCAGAGUCCAUGGGCCACUCCCCCUUCUUCGCAAACGUCUCAAGCUCCACCAUCGACCGACGAUGCUCAUAACACCGAGGAAGCUGCCCCGGAGUCCGAGCCUAUAGACGAGGAUGCUGAACGCCGGGCAGCUAUCGAAGAGUCCCGGCGCAAGCUUGCGGAACUCGAGAAGGACAGGCCGCUCUGGGAGCAAGAAGCCUGCAAGCGCGAACAGCAGCAGCGAGCGGAAGAGCAGGCCCGCCGUGCUCGAGAAGAAGCCGAGCGCCGCCGAGCCGCCGAGGCAGCAGCUCGCGAGGAGCAGCGGCGCCGCCAUGCAGCAGCCGCUGCAGCACAAGCAGAAGAGCGUGCGCAAGCCGAGCGGAUCCGCGCUGAACGCGAGCGCGAAGAGCGCAGACGUCGUGAGCGUGAGCGGUGGUCGUACGGUCCCUGGACCGCUACCCGCGCAAUUGAGCGGUAUAAGGUGCUCUGCGAGGCCUUCGACGCCGCGAAAUUCACCAAGGAGAACCCGGUCGAGUUCGAGACAGUGCCUUGGCCCGUGCUGCAUUCGCCGGUGACGCUGCGAGUGGAGGACAUCGACUGGGCGUCGGUGGAGGCGUUCUUCGAGGCCGCGCGGCGUCACUUGCGUGCUCAGGACUACAAGGUUUUCGUCGAAAAGAGCCACAAGCGGUUCCAUCCUGACCGGUGGCGGGCGCGUGGCGUGCUCAAGAGCCUCGAGGACGAAGAGCUUCGCGGGAACCUAGAGGUCGCGGCCAAUACCGUCGCUCAGGCACUCACGCCGAUAUGGAGGGAGAUGAGAGGCUGACGGCUUGGUUGCCGAUGUUGAUUUAUGGAAGCUUCGUGGCAAGUAUGACGGACGGUCGCGGUCUCAAAAUAUGUAUCAGCUGAGCAUUGUAUUUCUGGAUCAUACCCCUUCAUAAUGUGGAGAGACACCUUCGCGAAUCAC